GGAAGAAGCACUAUGCCCAGGAACGCCUUAGUGACCUUGCGCUAUGGGCCCUACAGCGCCGUGGGCCUGUCCGUGGAGCACCGCACCUACCGACUGGAGGGUCUGCAAGCUGUGUUGACCAAAGAUGGUCACGAGGUCAUCCUGGAGCAGAUAGAAGACUGGAAUCUAGUGGAGCUCGUGGUAAAUGAAGAAAUAGUUUUCCGGUGUGAUAUCCAAGACCUGGAGUUUGGGGGUGAUGGCAAACUAGACCCACUGUGUGAAGAGGCCAGGAUCGCUGUGCUAAAUGCCUUCUGAUCUCAUGGAGCAGACAGAAAAAAGCCAACUCUGCCCUCCAGUCUACAAUACCAGCAGAAGGGGCUUAUUGGGCUCUACCAGUCAGAACAUGGCAAUGGCACCCGUCCUCUAG